CUCUGGGCCAAGCAUCGGGAGUGGCUUCGGACACAAGAGUGGCUCGGUGGUCGGAAAUAAGUGGACUGGCGACCGGUACUCAACCGCGUGGCCAUCAUAACCAUGACGUAUAGACAUCGUGGGCUUAUGUCUUUACCAACCGUGUGCUGACGCAGGGUCACCGACUACGGCUAUUUAGUUUGCUAUAAGAUAUGUGGUGAAGAGAUGUGAAAGAGAAGUAUCCGGACCAUCCGAACCAGACAACCGGCAUCAUGCUCACCUCGACGCGUUCGCUGCAAGUGUUGCUCGUCGCUGCGACAGGAGCUUAUGCUCAAUUCGUUUUCCCUGACUGCACCAGUGGAAGGUUGAGCAAUGAGACCAUUUGCGAUGCUUCAGCAUCACCGCUGGCUCGCGCGAAGUCUCUCGUAGCUCUUUACACACUCGAGGAGAAGAUCAAUGCUACGAGCAGUGGCUCUCCAGGUGUCCCUCGUCUCGGUAUACCGCCUUACCAGUGGUGGAGCGAGGGUCUUCAUGGUAUUGCCGGUCCUUACACCAACUUCAGCGAUGAGGGAGAGUAUAGCUACUCGACUUCUUUUCCUCAGCCCAUCUUGAUGGGUGCGGCCUUCGACGAUGAUCUGAUCACCGAGGUUGCAAAGGUCAUCUCAACCGAAGCGCGUGCGUUCAACAACGCCAACAGGACUGGUCUUGACUUCUGGACGCCCAACAUCAACCCUUUCCGUGAUCCCCGCUGGGGUCGUGGUCAAGAAACACCUGGUGAAGACCCCUACCAUUUGUCUUCUUACGUCCAGGCUUUGGUUCACGGACUUCAGGGCGAUGCGUCUGACAAAUACAAACGUGUCGUCGCAACUUGCAAGCACUUCGCUGGCUAUGAUAUUGAGGACUGGAACGGAAACCUCCGCUACCAGAACGAUGUGCAGAUUUCUCAGCAGGACCUUGUUGAGUACUACCUCGUUCCCUUCCAGGCCUGCGUUCAAGCGAACGUGGGUGCUUUCAUGUGCAGCUACAACGCGGUUAAUGGUGUGCCAACAUGCGCCGAUCCCUACCUACUUCAGACGAUUCUUCGUGAACACUGGGGUUGGACUAAUGAAGAGCAAUGGGUUACUUCCGAUUGUGACGCCGUUCAGAACGUUUACUUGCCUCAUGAAUGGUCUGCAACUCGUGGAGGUGCUGCUUCCGACGCCUUGAAAGCUGGUACCGAUCUCACUUGCGGUACUUACAUGCAGGAACAUCUGCCCGCUGCCUUCCAGCAAGAUUUGCUUGAAGAAUCUGUCCUCGACCAGGCCCUCGUCCGGCAAUACUCAUCGCUUGUCCGCCUGGGCUACUUUGACUCUCCCGAUAACCAGCCUUACCGCCAGAUUGGAUGGGACUCAGUCGCCACGAAUGCUUCGCAGGCGCUUGCCCGCAGAGCCGCUGCUGAGGGUAUCGUUUUGCUGAAGAAUGAUGGUACGCUGCCUCUUUCACUCGAUUCGUCCACAUCGAUUGGUCUUUUCGGUGACUGGGCAAACGCAACCUCUCAGCUCCUUGGUAACUACGCCGGUGUCUCUACGUACCUGCACUCUCCGUUGUACGCCCUGGAGCAGCUCAACGUCACCAUCAACUAUGCUGGAGGAAAUCCUGGCGGCCAAGGUGACCCAACGACAAACCGCUGGUCCAAUCUUUACGGCGCCUACUCUACUAGCGACAUUCUCAUGUAUGUUGGAGGUAUCGAUAACAGCGUUGAGGAGGAAGACCAGGAUCGUACAUACCUCACAUGGACUGGAGCCCAGCUUGAUGUUAUCACCGAGCUUGCUGAGACAGGAAAGCCAGUCAUCGUUGUGGUCACUGGAGGAGGUCAGAUCGAUAGCACUCCUCUCGUGAACAAUCCCAACAUCUCCGCCAUCCUUUGGGCUGGGUACCCUGGUCAGGAUGGAGGCUCGGCCAUCAUCGAUAUUGUCACCGGAAAGACUGCUCCUGCUGGACGUCUACCUACGACUCAGUACCCCUCCAACUACAUCGCGAAGGUCUCUAUGAUGGACAUGAACAUGCGCCCUGGUGAAAACAACCCUGGCCGCACCUACAAGUGGUACAAUGGAAGUGCUGUCUACGAGUUCGGUCACGGUCUGCACUACACCAACUUUUCUGCCAACAUCACCACCCAAAUGCAGAACAGCUACGCAAUCUCUGCGCUUACACAGAACUGCAACAGUACCGGAGGGUUCCUCGAGCGUUGCCCAUUCGCUGCUGUAGAUGUUGAAGUAUCCAACGACGGCGACGUCACAUCCGACUACGUCGCUCUUGGUUAUAUUGCCGGAGAAUUUGGUCCUGCGCCUCAUCCAAAGAAGUCGCUUGUCUCUUACAAGCGUCUCCACAACAUCACCGGUGGAGCUUCUGACACUGCAACUCUCAACCUAACUCUUGCAUCUCUUGCCAGGGUCGACGAGAUGGGUAACAAGGUCCUUUACCCUGGUGACUACACCUUGUUGAUCGACAACCACCCGCUUGCAAGUAUCAACUUCACUUUGACCGGCGAGCAAGCUAUGCUAGACAUGUGGCCUCAGCCGCCUGCUAACCGCACUGCUGAGGGAGUAAAGGGUGUUGGUGAUUACUGGUACGGAGGAUAUGGAAGCGAGUAUGCAGAGGAGCCUGCAGAUCUACAGAACACUAUGUAAAUGAGCUACCGUUUAUAAUGUAAUGGAACUUGUGGAGAGACGUCAUUU